CUGAAGGUAUAGGAGAGGAGCAUUGGCAGCCAGCAUCCGAGAUUGGGCCGGCUGCGCUGCCCUCCUACCUGCCCUGGCGGAGGUAACGGUCCCGUGGCAUCAAGUUUGCAUCCAGCCCACGGACUGAGCGGACGCACCGGCUGACGGACGCACGUGUCCCGCGCAGGCCAUGAAGGUCCAGUUUGCCCCCAUAAACAUCCCCCUGGAGAGGAGGCUGCAGACCGCUGCGGUGCUUCAGUGGGUCUUCUCCUUCCUCCUACUGGGACAACUGUGUUGUGGAAUCUUUGUGAUGCUGCUUUAUAAAAACUAUUGGUUUAUCUAUGUCCCUUAUUUAACGUGGCUCUACUUCGACUGGAAGACCCCAGACUCAGGAGGCAGGAGGUUCGACUGGGUCAGAAGUUGGACUGUUUGGAAGUACUUUAGGGAAUAUUUUCCAAUGCAUCUCAUCAAAACAGUGGAUUUGGAUCCAAGUCACAACUAUAUCUUUGGAUUUCAUCCCCAUGGAGUGCUUGUUGCUGGGGCAUUUGGAAACUUUUGUACAAACCAUUCGAAUUUCAAGGAACUGUUUCCAGGCUUUACCGCAUAUCUUCACACCCUUCCCUAUUGGUUCCGAUGUCCUUUCUUCAGAGAGUACCUCAUGAGCAGUGGAGCAGUCUCGGUUUCCAAACAAUGUGUAUCUCAUGUGCUAAGCAAGGAGGAAGGUGGAAACAUUUCAGUCAUUGUACUUGGGGGAGCAGAAGAGUCACUGGUUGCACAUCCUGGAAGUUUUACUCUGUUUAUCAGCAAAAGAAAGGGGUUUAUUAAAAUGGCUUUGACACAUGGGGCUUAUUUGGUUCCUGUGUUUUCUUUUGGUGAGAAUGAACUGUUUAAACAAGUGAACAAUCCUGAAGGCUCAUGGCUCAGAGCUGUCCAGGAGAAACUCUACCAGAAAGUGGGCUUUACUUUACCACUAUUUCAUGCCAGAGGAGUUUUUCAAUACAAUUUUGGCCUGAUGCCCUACAGGAAACCUAUUUUCACUGUUGUGGGACACCCUAUCCCCGUUCAACAGAAUCCACACCCCACAGCAGAACAGAUCGAUGAAUUGCACCAGACCUACCUGGAGGAACUAAGAAAAUUAUUUGAGAAGCACAAAAGAAAGUAUGGCAUCCCAGAAGAGGAAACUCUCAUUUUUAAAUAAGCACGGUCAUAGACGGUAUCAAGGACAUCACAAGAGCUUCCUGGCAUUGAAAGAAAUAUCUCCAAAUCCAUAUCAACUGGUGUCUGUUAAAGACUUUGUUGUGCAUUUAAUGAAGGUUUAAGAGUUAUAAGAGGGCCUGGGUUUUUUUUUUUAAUUUCAAAAGAAAAAAAUUUUCAAAAAAUUACCUGUCAAAUGAUCACAUAUUGCCUUCAGCCACAGUGAUGUUAAUAUGCCAAAAUCCAAAUAGAGUAGAGAGCUAUUAGAAGCAUGAAGGAAAAGAUAGUCUAUGGAAAGGCCCUUAAAGUUAAGAAUUAUCCAAGGAUAAUCCCCAAACUCCAUUUUUUGAAGGCCACACAUUAUGAGGGUGAUGGGAAGAGGUUAGGUUUAUUUUUGUCAGCCAAUCAAUAUUUAUGAAGUACUAGGCUCUGUGCUAAGCUCUGGAGAUACAAAGAAUGGGAAAAAGCAGACAAUCCCUGACCUUUACCGUAUGCCAGGCUUUGUGCUAAGCUCUGGGGAUACAAACAAAGGCAAAAAGCAGACAGUCUCUGCCCAUGAGGAACUUAGACUCUAAUGGAGCCGACAACAUGUAAACAAUUAUGUACAAACUAUAUAUACAUAUGUAUACACAUAUAAACAUGCCAUGUGUACAUAUUACAUACAUACAUAUGUAUAUGUAGUAUAAAUUGGAAAUAAUCAAUAGA